CGUUUACACUUUACUUACGGUUUGGAGUUUCUUCUGGACCUAAGCAAAAACUUCUGAAAGAGAAAUCUCAAAAAAUUAGUCCCAAAAAUCCCCUUCUCCAACAAGAAUCGAAAAGUCGUCAAUAAACCCAUUUUUUUCUUCAAUCUCCAAAAAGGAAAAAUCAGAAUUCCAUAGAAACGCAGAUUUGAGCCUAAUCCCUCAGAUCCGAAUCAAACGAAGCUUCGACCAUGGCGAUCUCGCCUAAAUUUCUCUUCCUCAUCGUCUUGAUUUCCAUGGCGUUCUCAAUGUGUUUAGGUGAAAUCCGAUUCAGCAAGAUUAGAGACGAUGACCGGCCGAUUAUCCCCUUGGACGAGUUCGGAUUCACGCACAAAGGUCGCCUCGAGCUCAACGUCUCGUCGAUCUCGCUCUCGCCGGAGAAGUCCGAUUCUGAUCUCUCCUAUGUCGGUUUCUUCCUCUGCACCAGGGAAUCGUGGAUCCAUGUGUUUCAGCAGCUCGAGGAUCGCGAGAUCGAGUGCGCCCUCAAAUCGGAUAUGGUGAAGAAGGUCCUCACCUUCAGCUCGGUCCACAAAGGCCUGAUUCAGAAGACCACUGGUACUGUGUACAAUGAAACCGAUGCGGAUCAGUACAUGCUUCUCUUCGCGAAUUGCAUCCAGGGAGUGAAGGUCUCCAUGGAUGUCCGAUCGGCGAUGUAUAAUCUCGAUGGGAAGAAUAACGUCCGCGAUUACCUCUCCACCGGCAAAACCGUCCUGCCUAGGGUUUACUUCUUCUUCUCCUUGAUAUAUUUCUCCCUCGCCGGCCUCUGGAUUGACGUGCUUUACAAGAAACGCCUCACGAUUUUCAGAAUCCAUUUCUUCAUGCUCGCCGUCGUGAUCCUCAAGGCACUAAACCUCGUCUGCGAGGCCGAGGACAAGUCGUACAUCAAGCGUACGGGAAGCGCCCAUGGCUGGGACGUCUUGUUCUAUAUUUUUAGCUUCUUGAAAGGAAUCACGCUCUUCACUUUGAUUGUCUUGAUCGGCACGGGCUGGUCCUUCUUGAAACCGUACUUGCAGGACAAGGAAAAGAAGGUCUUGAUGAUCGUAAUUCCUCUGCAGGUCGUCGCCAAUAUCGCCCAGGUUGUUAUUGACGAGAGCGGUCCCUACGGACACGACUGGUUCACGUGGAAGCAGGUCUUCUUGCUCGUCGACGUCAUCUGCUGCUGCGCGGUGCUGUUCCCGAUCGUCUGGUCAAUCAAGAACCUCCGCGAAGCGGCGAAGACCGAUGGAAAGGCCGCCGUUAACUUGAUGAAGCUGACGCUAUACUACAUUGUGGUUAUCUGUUACAUUUACUUCACCCGUGUCGUGUUCUUCGCACUCGAGACCAUCACCUCUUAUCGGUACCUCUGGACCAGCGUGGUGGCGUCCGAGCUUGCCACGCUCGCUUUCUACAUGUUUACGGGUUACAAGUUCAAGCCUGAGGCGCACAAUCCUUACUUCGUGAUCGAUGACGAAGAAGAAGAAGCUGCAGCCGAAGCCUUGAAGCUCGAGGAUGAGUUCGAAUUGUGACGGCGCUGCUUCUGAAAUUGGGAUUGUUGAGGUAGAUUUUCAACAAUCAUAAACGGGUCAAUUUUGAUCCGAAUGUUAGGCAUACUUGAGGUAGAAUUUGUUCUAUGGUUUCCUUUUCAUUGUGUUGACUUUACCUUGCCUGUUAGUUUUUCUUGAGUUAGUAGGACACGCUCAUAUACUUGUUACAUUUAUGGGAAUUAGAUACCCUGUGUUGCUGUCUGUGAAUUGGAUAGUAUGUGUAAGUAGAUACUUAAUAAUUUGCAUUCAUUUUUGGUA